AUGUUCGUUCGCACCGCUUCCCAGGCUGUCCGCAGCUCUGCUGCGCGCGCCUCUGUCACCCCAAUGGCCCGUGUUGCCGCUCAGCAGACGCGUUCUGCUUCCGAACACGCCAUUGCCAACCCUACGCUCGCCGGUAUCGAGAAGCGCUGGGAGGCUCUGCCGCCUCAGGAACAAGCCGACUUGUGGAUGCAGCUCCGGGAUCGUAUGAAGGUUGACUGGCACGAGAUGACUCUUCAGGAAAAGAAGGCUGCCUACUGGAUUGCAUUCGGAGCUCACGGUCCCCGCAAGGAAGCCCCCAAGGGUGAAGGCUGGAAGAUUGCUUCCAAGGUUGUCCAACUUGUUGCGGUCUCUGUUGGCCUGUUCUAUACCACUCGUCUUUUCGCUAAGCCACCUCCUCGCACAAUGACCAAGGAAUGGCAAGAGGCCAGCAACGAAUAUGCCCUUAAAGAGAACAUUGAACCUAUCACAGGUAUUAGCAGCCAAGGCUACCAAGGCGUCGGUUACGUGCAGAGCCCACCCGAGAAGUCCUCAUAG